UAUUCAAAAUUAUGCAGAUGUGGAAGGCCGCCAAAGAAAAGUUUAUUUGAGAUGGCCCAUGUUUCCUCAGAAAUUCAAAUUGUUUCUCCAAAUGAUGGAUCAAAUGAUUCAGAAACCUCCUUUAGGUCUGCAUUGUGUGAUCACACUUACCCUGAGGACUCGGAAUUGAGGUCUAUGAUUGAAGAAUAUGCCUUCCAGGCUUUGUGUGAAGAAACCUUGAUAAAAAGACCACGUUACACAUUCUGUGCCUCCGAACCAGAUGAAGAUAAUGAUUUCCUUUCUAUGACCUUCCCCAGAAAACUGUGGAAGAUAGUUGAAAGCGAUCAAUUUAAGUCUAUCUGGUGGGAUGAGAAUGGAACUUCUAUAGUGAUUAAUGAAGACCUCUUUAAGAAAGAAGUUUUGGAAAGAAAGGCCCCUUUCAGAAUAUUCGAAACUGAGAGUAUGAAAAGUUUAGUUCGACAGCUUAACCUUUAUGGAUUUAGUAAAAUGCGACAGAAUUUUCAAAGAUCUGCUUCUCUAGCUGACUUUCUGGCAGAAGAAAAAGAAGUCUCUGUUUUAAGCAAGACAUCCAUUGCCUUCAAGGAUGUGGCCGUGACCUUUACCCGGGACGAGUGGGAGCAGCUCGACCUUGCCCAGAGGACCCUAUACAGGGAAGUGAUGCUGGAAGUCUGUAGGCUCCUGGUCUCUCUGGGAUGCCCAGUUCCCAAAUCGGAGCUGACCCACCUAUCGGAGCACAGGCAGGAGCUAUGGAUUGUGAAGAGAGGCCUCUCCCCAGGUGCCUGUGCAGGAGCCAGAGAAAAAUCAGAGACGACCACUUCUCAGCUGCUCUUGUCUGAGGGAUCCUCCCUUCGGCACCAGCAGAUUCACACUGGAGAACAGCCUUUUGAGUGCAAAGAGUGUGGGAAAACCUUCCGCAACAGUUCUGCUCUCAGGCAUCACAUGAAGAAUCACACUGAAGAGAAGCCCUACGAGUGCAGAUUCUCACUGUAA